CUUUUACUGAUAAAGUUAACCUUGUAUGUAAUGUUUCCAACACUGAAAUUGAAACAUGUCCAUAUUAAAAACAAGAAACGUCUUCUGAAGAUAAUAAACACAAUUUUAAGGGAUGGAUGUAACUCUUUGCAGAUUGUUACUGAUUUUGAUUUAACAUUAACUAAACAACAUGUUCAGGGUAAAAGGGUUCUCAGUAGUUUUGGAAUCUUCAGUAAGUGUAAGCAACUUCCAGAAACAUAUACAAAAGAGUCGAGACAUCUUUAUAACAAAUAUAGACCAAUUGAAAUUGAUCCUCAUUUGCCACUUGAUGUAAAAGUAGAAGCAAUGACAAACUGGAUGAUUGCUUCAGAAGAGAUAAUGAAAGAAAUACCAUUUAAUCCUAAUGAAAUACAAGAAGUAGCUAGAAUAUAUGGCACAGAUUUACGAGAUGGUACCACAGAAAUUUUAAAGAAGUUUUAUUCCGCUAAAAUUCCAGUACUGGUUUUUAGUGCUGGCUUAGGAGAUGUUGUAGAAGCUAUUUUAAAGAAUCAUGGAGUUCACUUCGAUAAUGUAAAGGUGAUAUCAAAUUUUCUUAAGUACAAAGAUGGAAAAAUAGCGGGAUUUAAAAAUGAAAGGCUGAUUCACGUUUUUAACAAAAAUGAACAUGCCGUAGAACAAGAAUAUUUUAAAGUUCUUGAACGAAGGAAAAAUGUGUUCCUCAUGGGUGAUACUCUAGGUGAUGCAUCAAUGGUAGAUGGGAUGACAGAUACAUGUGCAGUAUUGAAAAUUGGUUUUCUUUAUGAUCAUGUUGAAAGUAGCCUGCCCGCAUAUAUGGAAGAAUUUGACAUUGUUUUAGUGAAUGAUCAAACAAUGCAAGUUCCACUUGACAUUUUACAAAGAUUAUUAUAAUUUAUAACUACAUUAAUUCGUAAAUUUGUUCCACAUAUAUGAAUCAUUUAACAUGCCUAGGGCCUUAAGAUUGUUGCAUCAAUGUAAUUAUAAUUUAGCUAGCUCAAUUUUGUCAUUUUAUUAAAUAUUUAUUUUUAUUGAUAUUCAAUUUUUCAAUACAAAGUGUACAUGGUAUAUUUGACAUAUGUAUUUGAGCAGAAAUGAUUGAAAUCUGGUUAAUCACAUUAAAAUAAGUGAAUAAAUAUAUUUUCUAUUAUAA